UACUGGCCUGACUGAGAUUAAUAACAGUUGCAUUAGAGAACACUUUGCUAGAGUGGUGGUAGAGCUGGAAUAGGACUGAGUAUUCCCCAGCAGUAUUCCUGAUCUGUGAUAGCUAAACUAUAAUCGUGUUGAAAUGGGGUCCCAGGUGCUCCAGAACUUCCAUAUGGACUGUGAAGUUGCCAUCAAUGACCUAGUGAACAUGGAGCUAUAUGCCAACUAUGUAUACCUUUCAGGGGCCUACUUCUUUGACAGGGAUGAUGUGGCCUUAAACCACUUCAAAAUAUUCUCAAAGAAUCAAUCUGAUGAGAAGCUGGAACAAGCUCAAAAGUUCCUGAAAUACCUAAAUAAGAGAGGAGGCCAUAUUAUCCUACAGGACAUCAAGAAACCAGAACGGGAUGAAUGGAGAAAUAGCUUAGAAGUCCUAGAAAUAGUCAUGAAGAUGGAAAAAAAAAUAAACCAGGCCCUACUAAAUCUGCACAAUCUGGCAAUGGAAAAAAGUGACCCACAUCUUUGUGACUUCCUGGAGCGGGAAUAUCUAGAUGAGCAGGUGACAAUUAUCAAGUGUCUAGGAGAAUAUAUCACCAAUCUAAGGAGGCUGGGAGCUCCGGAGAGUGGAAUUGGAGAAUACCUGUUUGACAAGCUCACCCUUGGGGACAGCCACUGAAAUCUCUACAGUCUAGGAAAAAUCUGUUCUUGCUAAAAUAGCACUAAGAUAAAAGUCCUGAAGCAAAAAAGACUAUUUUUUUUUGUGCUUACAAAUAAAGCUUGGUAUUAAAAAAAAC